AUGCCGCCAUCGACAAGAGCUGGACAGACGGGAAGGGGCGAUGAUGAUCAAACGACCACAGGCAAUGGACAGGAGGAAGGAUGGCUCACGCAGGUAGUCAGGAUCCUCCAGCUGGCGAACCCAGCACUAACGGCCGAGGAAGCAAUCGUACGAGCUAUGGGUCUCAUCAGCAUUAGCAACCAGACCCCGCGCAGGGAAACCAAGAAGAUCCCCAAGGAGGUGUCGAGCGCCAUUGCACACAUCAAGAAGCUCAGCGACAGCAACUGGCACACUUGGGAACCUACCUUCAUCGAGUGCCUCCAAAGAGUACAUAAUGCGAAGGAGAUACUGUAUGGCACGGUAGUGCCUGGAAACGAGGAAUACGAUGAAGACUUGGAUAAAGCCCUUGUGGGCCUCAUCCACGCCUGCUGUGACAACAGUCCAGACAGCCAUAUCGACACCUACACCGUCAGGGGAGUGGAUGAAGAAGUCCAGCUCGGUAGCACACUCUAUGCCAAACUCACGAAGGCACUAACGUUGAACGAUGCUGUAAAGCGAGCAGGACUGCAGGAUCGUAUUCACACAGUGUGCUUGCACAAUCGAGACAUUGUCAGGCUAGGCAAGGAACUCGAUUUGAUCUGGAACGAUGCGGCACGCCUGGGAAAGUGUUUCGACGAGGACCUCAAGAAAUCAACUCUCUAUCACUGCACGGCCCAAGAUUGGUUCUAUGCCAAUGCCAUCGACACACUGAAAACGGCCAGACCAGACUGUAAGUAUGACGAAGCCUACCACGCACUCACCAAGAAACAGCAGGAUGGUGAGGUCACUGGCCAUAUUAGAGGAGCAGCAAGGGUUGCCACAAGCAUGGACCAGGCGGAGCAAGGACCCAGAGGCAGGCGCGAUCCUCGCAACCCCUCGGCCCCUCCAAAGUGCUACGCUUGUGGAGGACCUAAUCACAUUGCUCGAAACUGCACAAACACCAACAAUAACCCCGCACCUAGUAGAGACGGACCCACCCCCAAUCCAGCACAAGAAGCGACGAUCGGCGGGAAUGAGCAACCAACAUCGGACACCUGGAUCAUCGAUUCGGGUGCGACGCACCACAUGGUAAACGAUGAAAGAAUGCUGCUCACCUCGAUGCGCAAGGAUGGUCAGAUCUGUACGGCUGGAAAUGAAAGGCUUCAAGUGAAGGCCAUAGGAGAUGCCUCCCUUCGGGUUGGCGAUGUAACCAUUCAACUAUUGGAUGUGCUCUAUGUGCCGAAACUUAAUUCUAAUUUAUUAUCAGUACAAGGCUUGAUCGAGAAUGGUGCACGGGGAAAGGCACUAGCCCUGGAGUUGGAAGAGACACUUGACGACGUCCCAGAGGACAACCAGAACACAGGAAAACUAGAUAAUGCCCCAGAGGGCAAUAAGGACACGAAGCAUCAAGACAGCUACCUAUGGCAUGAGAGGUUCGGACACCCAGGACGAGACAAAACGAGACAAAUCCAGGCUCAUUACCUAGGUACCGACGAGGAAAUGGAACAUGAGUCGAAGCACUGUAAUGCAUGCAGCCAAGGAAAACAGACUCGAGCACGGAUGAGCCAAUCAGAGUUGGAAAGAAUGGAGGCACCAUUAGAGCUGGUACACGUAGACCUGAUGACAGAUUUCAAAGGACAUGCCAACUACCACUACGCACUAGUUGCUGUGGACGACUUCUCCUCCCUGAUCUAUGUGGAACCACUCUGCACAAAGAGUGCUGCACUCACAGCGCUGAGGAGGUGGAUAGCCAGGAUGGAACGGGCAACGGGCAGGAAACUCAAAACACUCCGCAGCGACAAUGGAGGAGAAUGGUGCAGCAUAGCAGCCGAAGACUGGCAAACUCAAGAGGCCACCAAAACCAUUCCCCACGAGGCCUUUUAUGGAACCACUGUGCACAAGCUGGCCCAGCAGCUGCGAGUCUUCGGAUGCUUGGCAUGGGUUCAUGUUCAACAGAAGGACCAGCAAGGCAAGUAUGGGGCUAGAGCAAAGCCAGCCAUCAUGAUUGGGUAUGACGACGAACACAAAGCAUGGAAGUUUUGCAACCCGGACCAGCCGGCGUCAAUCCAAUGGAGCAACUCAGCAACAUUUCAUGAGGAUAAAGGAUGGAGUGAUCGCCAACAAGAGGCAGUCAGGCCCAUGGUGACCGCGGAGGUCGAGGAGGAGGGUGUCAUGCCAGCCAUAGUGGAGGAGGAGACCAAAUCAGAGGCCGCAGUGGAGGAUCUCCUACCAGCCGAAGACAGCACAGUAGGUGCCGCCAACACAGCAAUACUGAACCUGGACCCAACGCUUGGGGAAGCAAUGGAUGGUGAGGACGCCCAGCUCUGGAAGGAAGCAAUACGAAAGGAGCUAGAAGGACUCGAGGCAAUGGGGACUUGGGAGGUGGUGCACCAACCGCCAGGAGUACCACUUGUGGACUCUAAGGAUGUGCUUCGGCUGAAGCUUGAUGCUGAUGGUGUACCUGUUAAGCACAAGGCGCGACUGGUUGCAAGGGGCUUCACACAGAGAGAGGGGAUCGACUACCAAGAAACCUUCUCUCCAGUAGCACCCCUCGGAGCGAUCAGAGCCAUCUUAGCACUAGCAGUGCAGAACAACUGGGAGGUACAUGCUCUGGACAUCACUAUGGCUUACUUGAACUCCAUGUUAAAGGAAGCAAUCUACAUGAAGCUGCCAGAAGGAUCAGGAGUAGCACCCAGCAAGGUGUACAAGGUAAUCAAGGGUCUAUACGGCCUAAAGCAGUCUGGACGAGAAUGGAAUCAGGAGUUCGACAGGUCUUUGCGACGCAUGGGAUUCUUCCAGGUAGAGUGCGCUCCCUGUAUCUACACCAAGGGACAGGGUGAAGAUAUGGCAAUUGUGGUCAUCUAUGUCGAUGAUACAUUAGUCAUAGCACCACGGCUGGAAAUGGUCCUAAAGGUUAAGAAGCAGAUUGGCCAGAGAUGGAAGAUGGAAGAUAGCGGUGAGGUCUCUCACUUCCUGGGCAUCAAAAUCAGUCGAGACUGUGCGAUGCGCACCAUGACGAUUGGUCAGUCAGGGUACAUUGACCAAGUGCUGGCAAAGCACCUGGACAAACGUACAAAGCCGACCAUGGUUCCAAUGCAGAGCAUACCGGAGGGAACCCUUGUCGCAAGCGCAGCACAACAGAAGGAGUAUCCGGUGAUUGUUGGCAAGCUGCUCUGGGUUGCCAACAGCACCCAGCCCGACCUUAGCCUUACCGUGGGUGUUCUCGCUAGGCACAUGCGUGAACCAUCACAGGAGCAUUAUCAGGCAGCACAAAGGGUCUUACGCUACCUCGAAAGCACAAGGCAGGUUGGAUUGGUUUAUAGGGCAAGUGAGUCGCAAGAGCCACUGGUCGCACACAGCAAUGCAAACUGGGCAAGUGAUGCCACCAUACAGAGAAGGAGUACAUCGGGGUCAGUGGCAUUAGUGUAUGGGAACCCAGUAGCCUGGAAGUCAGUGACACAAAAAUGCGUGUCAUUGUCCACUGUCGAGGCAGAGUUCAUUGCAGCCACGGAAGCAACACAUGAGGUGCUCUUCCUCAAGCAGCUGCUAUGCUCAAUUGGCAUUGCCACAGGCACACCGACGGUCUACUCGGACAACACUGGUUGCAUACAGGUUAGUAAGGACCCAGCACAGCACUGGAAGCUUAAGCACAUCGACACCAAGUAUCACUUCAUCCGUAACAAUGUUCAAGAGGGAAGGGUGCAGAUCAAGUAUGUAGACACCACGAGAAACUUGGCAGACGUACUCACAAAGCCCAUUGGGAGACAGGCAAUGCAGCAAGCAAGAUCUGGGCUACACCUGUGA